CCACGACAAGUGGGGCCGAGCAGAAGGGAGAGAAGGUCGCUUAGACUUAGGGUUGUUUACGCGGAAGCUGAAAUCCCGUAAUUGUACCGAAUUACAAUCCAACAAUCACCCGGAUUGCUUCCUAAUCUGUCCGAACUUUCGGAUUGUUGAUAGUGCCUCAGCCUCCAUGGCCCUCCACGACAUCAUCGUGUGACGCCGACAAUAGCAGCAAACACAGUUGCGACAGACACAGGGUGGCCCAUUGAGCCAUUCUUCCACACCAUCGAGAUCAAACCAUCGAGGUCACACCAUCGAUUACGCCAGGCAAGGUGUCAGCUCUGAGCCAAGAGAGUAACGGGGUUGGGUGCACAUUUCCGAAGAUCGAGCUGAAACGCAAGCGAACAAUUGUUACAUCGUGCAACCUCGCAGUUGCCACGAGUUCUGAUUGAGGCCACAUCAAGAUGGCCACUCCAGCCUCGUACAACAAAAAGUCAUCGGCCAUCAAGAGGAUCCUCUCGGAAGCGCGGGAGCUCGCCUCGCUCACAGCUCCGCCAUCCUCAGCCAUCAGGGAAUACGCCGCCUCUCCACUGGAGACCAACCUGUUCGAGUGGCACUUUACCCUGCGAGGUCCGCAAGACAGCGAUUUUGAAAAUGGCAUUUACCAUGGUAGGAUCACGCUCCCGCCACAGUAUCCUAUGAUGGCGCCAGACAUUAUGCUGCUGACGCCGAACGGUAGGUGGGAGGUGAACAAAAAGAUCUGUCUCACAUUCACCGGAUUUCAUCAAGAGACCUGGCAACCAGCUUGGGGGAUCCGAACCGCUCUGCUCGGCGUCCAAACAUUUAUGGGAGCAUCACAGGACGCUGCAGUCGGGAUCGGUGCGCUUGACGUUGAAAGCACGGAGCGGCGACGGUUGGCCGAGACAUCACGCGAAUGGAAGUGCCCAACAUGUCAAAUGCGCAACGCGGACAUUCUUGCUGCUCCGCCGCAACCUUCACCAACAUCCUCUGAGGCUCACGUAUCGCGCGCAAGGGAAACGCUUCCAGACGGCCUCACGGUCGACGUCGGCGCUGAAGCAAAAAAGGCGCGUGAAUUGGCAUCUGCGAAGGCAGAUGAGCAGGCACAGAGUCAAUGGGAGAGCAGCUGCAGCGAAAUUAAUAUUGAAAGUGGUAGUGAAACUAUGGGGAAAAUCGUAGAUGACAGACGCAAAAAUGAACAAAUAGCACCUCAAACCGAGGUCGCUAGCCUACAAAGGCCGCUGUCGGAACUUCGAGGGGGUACCGCUGCGAUACAGACGGGAUCAGCUGUCCUUAGCUCCUCUACGCUCCUCGGCCAUUUGCCUUCAGGAGAUAUAGCACCUCCUUCAACCGCAGCCUCUGUGUCUGCGCCAAAUCCAGGCUUACCAUCAGGAUCAUCAGCUUCAAACCCGCCCACGCCGUCAGCCGCACGCAAUCCAACAAACGCAGACGCAGGCAGUGCGAGACAGCGCCACCAGGUCGCAGCGACGGGCACGCUAACAGCAUCAGGACCAGCAUCAGCUACAAGCACGGACGGCCAGCAGGUGCUGUUGGCACGCAUACAGCUGUACGACACAGUCAUCGCUCUGCUUGUAUGCACCGUCGGGUUCUUGAUGCUUCGGAUCGUACUUGCUGGAGCGAGCAAUAUUGUGCCGUCUGUUGUGAGACAUGAGUAG